AUGUCUUCCCCGCCUUUCACCAUUCGCAGCCACCAACCCGGUGACAUGGGUUACAUAACCUACAGACACGGUGCAGUCUACGCCCAAGAAUACGGCUUCAACUAUCGCUUCGAAUCUCUUAUUUCAAGAAUCACUGCCGACUUCCUCGAUAAUUUAAAGCCCGACCUAGAAGGCUGUUGGAUUGCUGAAAAAGACGGGUCAUUCCUCGGCUGUAUCAUGUUGGUUCAGGACAAAAAGCCCAAAACCGCAAAGCUACGACUGCUAUUGGUGGAUGAAAGCGCAAGAGGUCUUGGCGUCGGAACGGCCUUGAUCCAGAAAUGCAUCGAUUUCGCGAGAGGAGCGGGGUAUGAGCACAUUGAUCUUUGGACUCAAAGUAUCCUCGAGGGCGCGCGUCGACUAUAUAAAAGGGCAGGGUUCGAAAUGAUUGAGACGCAGAAUCACAAUGAUUGGGGCGUUGAAUUGACAGGGGAGUUCUGGACGCUAACACUAUGA